AGUGCCACAACGCCAUCACAAUGGGGAGUAAGUACCAUUGGCAGAGUCAAAAUGUGAAGCAGAGUGGGGUGGAUGACAUGGUCCUGCUGUCCAAGAUCACAGAAGAUGCCAUUGUAGAGAACCUCAAGAAGAGAUAUAUGGAUGACUACAUUUUUACGUACAUUGGCUCUGUCCUGAUAUCUGUGAACCCAUUUAAACAGAUGCCCUAUUUCACUGACCGGGAGAUUGAGCUGUACCAGGGCGCUGCCCAGUAUGAAAACCCACCCCAUAUCUAUGCUCUAACAGACAACAUGUACAGGAACAUGAUGAUAGAUGGGGAAAACCAGUGUGUCAUUAUCAGUGGAGAGAGUGGAGCAGGAAAGACAGUAGCUGCCAAGUACAUCAUGGGAUACAUCUCCAAAGUGUCUGGGGGAGGAUCCAAAGUGCAGCAUGUAAAGGACAUCAUUCUGCAGUCAAACCCUCUGCUGGAGGCCUUUGGCAAUGCCAAGACUGUCCGCAAUAACAACUCCAGUCGCUUCGGCAAGUACUUUGAGAUCCAGUUCAGUCGAGGAGGAGAGCCAGAUGGAGGCAAGAUCUCCAACUUCCUCCUUGAGAAGUCUAGGGUGGUGAGCCAGAAUGAGAACGAGAGGAACUUCCACAUCUACUACCAGCUGUUGGAGGGAGCCUCAGCACAGCAGAAAGAGGGCCUGGGAAUCAUGACUCCAGACUACUAUUACUACCUGAACCAGUCUGGCACCUACAAAGUAGAUGGCACCAACGACUGCAAAGACUUCCAGGAAACCAUGGAAGCCAUGCAUGUGAUUGGGAUUACACAGAACUACCAGGACCAGGUGUUACAGAUUGUGGCGGGAAUUCUGCACCUGGGCAACAUCAGCUUCAUCGAGGCAGGGAACUACGGCCAGGUGGAGAGCAUGGACUUACUGGCUUUCCCAGCUUACCUGCUGGGAAUAGACCAGGAACGUCUGCAGGACAAACUGACCAGCCGAAAGAUGGACUCCAAGUGGGGGGGCAAGUCUGAGUCCAUCAACGUGACACUGAGUAAGGAGCAGGCCUGCUACACCCGCGACGCUCUUGCCAAGGCCCUGUACGCCCGCCUCUUUGACUACCUGGUGGAGGCUAUUAACAAAGCCAUGCAGAAGCCCUAUGAGGAAUACAGCAUUGGAGUUCUGGACAUCUAUGGCUUUGAAAUAUUCCAGAGGAACGGGUUCGAGCAGUUCUGUAUCAACUUCGUCAAUGAAAAGCUACAGCAGAUCUUCAUUGAGCUCACUCUGAAGGCUGAACAGGAAGAGUAUGUCCAAGAGGGCAUCAAGUGGACACCCAUAGAGUACUUUAACAACAAAAUAGUGUGUGACCUUAUCGAGAAUAAACUGAACCCACCGGGCAUCAUGAGCGUGCUGGACGAUGUGUGCGCCACCAUGCAUGCCAAGGGCGAGGGGGCGGACGGCACCCUGCUGCAGAAGCUGCAGGCAGCGGUGGGCACGCACGAGCACUUCAACAGCUGGAACUCUGGAUUCGUCAUCCACCACUAUGCUGGCAAGGUAUCCUACGAUGUCAACGGAUUCUGUGAGAGAAACCGUGACGUGCUUUUUACUGACCUCAUCGAGCUCAUGCAGAGCAGCGAACACGAUUUCAUCCGAAGCCUCUUCCCCGAAAACCUCAACACAGAGAAGAAGGGCCGACCGACCACUGCUAGCUCAAAGAUCAAGAAACAAGCCAACGACCUGGUGAACACGCUGAUGAAGUGCACCCCACACUACAUCCGCUGCAUCAAACCAAACGAGACCAAGAGGCCCAAGGACUGGGAGGAGAGCCGAGCGAAACACCAGGUGGAGUACCUGGGCCUGAGGGAGAACAUCCGCGUUCGGCGGGCUGGCUUUGCCUACCGUCGGGUCUUCAACAAGUUUCUGCAGAGGUAUGCCAUUCUGACGCCAGAGACGUGGCCGCAUUGGCGGGGGGAUGAGCGACAGGGUGUCCAGCACCUCUUGCGCUCCGUAAACAUGGACACCGACCAGUACCAGAUGGGCCGCACUAAAGUUUUUGUCAAAAACCCAGAAUCGCUCUUUUUACUGGAGGAGAUGAGGGAGAGGAAGUUCGACACUUUUGCCAGGACCAUCCAGAAGGCGUGGAGGAAAUACAUCGCCAGGAGGAAGUAUGAGCAGAUGAGGGAGGAGGCCUCUGAUAUCCUGUACAACCACAAGGAGCGUCGCAGGAACAGCAUCAACAGGAACUUUGUGGGAGAUUACCUGGGCAUGGAGGAGCGCCCUGAGCUGCGGCAGUUCCUGGCCAAGAGGGAGCGAGUCGACUUCGCCGAUUCAGUCAACAAGUUCGACCGCAGGUUCAAGUCAAUCAAGCGGGAUCUGAUCCUGACGCCCAAGGGGAUCUACCUGAUUGGCCGAGAGAAGGUGAAGAAAGGGCCGGAGAAAGGGCAGAUAAAGGAGGUGCUGAAACGAAAGAUGGAGCUCGCGAGUAUCCGUGGUGUUUCACUCAGCACGAGGCAGGAUGACUUCUUCAUCCUACACGAGUCUCAGUAUGAUAGUCUGCUGGAGUCCACCUUCAAAACAGAGUUCCUCAGCCUGCUGUGCAAGCGCUUUGAGGAGGUCACCAAGAGCAAGCUGUCCCUCUCCUUUGACGACCGGCUGGAGUUCAAGGUGAAGAAGGAGGGCUGGGGUGGGGGUGGCUCCCGGUGUGUGGUGUUCCAGCGAGGACAAGGGGACCAAGCACAGUCAAAACCAGGGGGAAAGACCCUUACCAUCACUGUGGGGGAUGGACUGCCAAAGACAUCCAAGCCCACCCGGAAGGGGAUUCCUCAGAGUCGGGGAGGGAGGCAGCCACAGCACAGAGGGCACCAGAAUGGUGCUGCCCAGUUUUCACGGGGGAACGCUCAUCCACCGCAGGAGAGAGAGCAGACCUACUCCACACCACAGAAACAAAACCGCUUCCCGAAUGCUGCGCCCCCCAAGUUAGGCUCUACAAAGACACGACGGGGUCCAUCACAGCCCCAGACUGGAAACCUGGAUUUUCUGAAUGUGCCUGACCAGGGAGUGUCAGGGAUGCAGAGAAAGAAAAGCAUCAGUCAGAACCGCCCACCCCCUGCACCAUCCAGCCGACCAAAACCCCAGCCACGGCCCCAGGGUCCACGCUGCAGGGCACUUUACCAGUAUGUGGGACAGGAUGUUGAUGAGAUCAGCUUUGAAAUCAAUGAUAUCAUCGACCUCCUCAGUGAAGAUCCAUCAGGAUGGUGGAGAGGAAGGUUCCAGGGCAGGGAGGGCCUCUUCCCAGGAAACUAUGUGGAGAAGAUCUGAGGACCGUCUCCUAGCACUGGCUCAAUACUGUUACUAUGGAGGCCAAGGGGCAAUCUCACUGACCUCAACGGUGCACUGAAAUACGCAAUAUUCUACUUGUAUUUAACAUACGUUUACAUAAUUUUUUAUAAUGAAAACAUUUUGGGAAGGUAAACAAUGCUGGUGUCUGAGGAACAAUGAAAGAAAGAAAAAUUGAGCAUGGAAUCUGGUGAUUUUUUGCACUUUUGCUUUGCAAUGCAUUGUUGCUAUUUUUAAAGACUUGAUACCACAUAAAGCUGGAAAGCUACAUAAAAGUUUUUGUCAAUGUUCAUUUCCCUACGGAAGGAAGGAUUGAGUAACUGCCUCAGUGUUUUCUGGCACAAAAUCUGCAAGAGGACAGCCAGGUGCGGGUGGACAUUAAAGCAUAGGUAGUCUAAUUCCACAUGUACUACAGAAAAGUUACCACUGUGAGGCACUGUUGUACUUUGUUCCAUGUCUUCAAGUAGGCUGACGGUCUGCAUCCUAUACGUAUUAGGAGGGACCACUGGCUGCUGAUACGUUUCCUUUGCAGCUGUGCAUAUGCAUUGAAAUUAUUAUUAAAUGGCUGCUUUUCUGAAAUGUUCUUGCAAGAUUAGCCUCAGCAAUACUAGUCUCUGGAUAAAUGAUAAUGUGCUGGCAAUAGAGAAAUGGUGAGUACAGUGUGAGUGGGAUCCUAAUGCGUAUGCUUUUUUAUAGAGCAAGACUUGUGUAUUUGUUUUCAUAGACUUGUUUUCUAAUUUUGUACAGUAACUACAAGGAACCCUUGAAUAUUAACAUGCUACUGUACACAAACUGUAUACUCUGAGUCUCUAAACAUAAAAUGAGUCACAUUGAACGA